UCGUUACCAAAACAAGGAUGUAGAAACAAACUAUAUUUGGGGAUUUCAGUAAAUGUUCACCAUGUGAGCUAAAACUCUGAUUGACAAGGCAUCGCUGAAGGGAGUCGGUGAAAGAUGCUUCUGUUCCUGUUAGUUGCCUGUCUGCCACUAGAGGGCGACACGUCACCAAUCAGCUGUUACAACGACCAGGGAGAUGCUGUUGAUUGGUUUUAUUUGUACAAACUGCCUAAAGAAGGGAUGAGCAAAUCUCCGAAAGAGGGCGAGAUGUACUUGUUGCUUGAAAAAGGCAGUGAAGGCUGGACAGAGGGGAAGGUGACGGUAAACGACACUCUGGGAGCUCUGGGCCGGACGGUGGGGCAGCUGUACUCGCAGGAAAAGAAGUCUGAUGUGGCGUACAUCCUGUACAACGACCAGAGGCCGACUGACGAGUUCAGGAGCAGAGGGGAUGACGCCAGGGGGAGCAGAGGGGGGCACACCAAAGGCGUCGUGCUGCUGGAUCAAACCCAGGGCUUCUGGUUGGUCCACAGCACCCCUCACUUCCCCCCCGAGCGACAGACCGGGCAGUACUCCUUUCCCAGCAGCGGUGAGAACAACGGCCAGAACUUCAUCUGCGUUUCCUACCCGCUCGACCGCUUCCAGACCAUCGGAGAACAGCUGCAGAUCAAUCAACCCAACGUGUACGACUGCGAUGUCCCAGAGUCCUUUGCGUCUUUGGUGCCGGCGCUGGCUGCUGUCUGCGACAAAACCCGUCGGUCCGGUCAGAUUUCUCCUCACUCUAAAACCGUGUCCAACCGCAGUGUGACGCUGACCUCAAAGGAAGGCACCGACUUCAUCAGCUUCGCCAAAGGAGCCUCGUUCGACAACGACUUGUACCACUCGUGGGUGGCCCCCGCCCUCCAGUCAGACCUCCUGGUUCAGUUCUGGGUUCGCUCCCCGGGCAUCCUCCCCUCCAACUGCUCGCUGGGCUGGAAGGUUCUGGACAUCACGCUCCUCAACCCGGGCCAGACCUACCCCUUCAAGAACACCCAGGACCACUCCAAGUGGGCGGUCAGCCCCGAGGCGGCGAGGCGGGGGGCGGGGGGAGGCUGGGUGUGCGUGGGGGACAUAAACAGGAACGAGGCGGAGGAGAAGCGCGGUGGAGGAACAGUGUGCCUGCAGGAUCCGGUGGUUUGGAAGGCUUACCGAGCGGCAGCGCUGCAGUGCGAGGACUGUGGGGGGGGAACAAUUCAGUGUCCCCCACCCUCCCUGCUGUAAGAAG